ACCAAACAAUAUUUAGAAAUCCAAACCCUAGAAGACGAAUCUGCCUAAGCUACCAGUGAAUCUGAGAGGCAACAAGAGAGCUCCGUUGUGAUCUUGUGUCUGAACCUGAAACAAAACAAUGAGCGAGAGGGGAGUAGCAUGUCGCAGAACUAGAGAAGACAUGAUAAGCGUCUUACCUGAUCACUUGCUGUGUCAGAUACUCUGUAAUGUUCCUACAAAGACAGCUGUUAUGACUAGUGUUCUGUCCACCAGAUGGAGAAGUAUCUGGCUUUCGAUUCCUCACUUGGAUUUGCAGAGUGAUGAUUUCCCUAACUUCACUGCCUUCGCUAACUUCAUCUCAAGGUUUCUAGAUUUCUCUAAGGGCUCAUCACGUUUACACAAGCUCAAACUUGAGUCAUGGAACCUUGAUUUUGUGAGUGGUUAUCUUGAUCCCUGUUGCUUGAUAACAGAUUGGAUCAACAAUGCAGUUACACGUAAAGUUCAACAUCUAGAUAUCUUAUAUCCUUGGAUUGUAAAGAAGAUGCCACUAAGCAUCUACACAUGUGAGACUCUUGUAUCCUUGAAACUCACUAAUGCGUCAUUGGCUGAUUGCGACUAUGUUUCUCUACCUUGUCUGAAGAUCAUGCAUCUAGUAGACAACAUAUACGCCAGCGAUGCCUUUCUUGAGAAGCUUAUCUCAUCUUGUCCGGUUCUUGAAGAUUUAACAUUUGUUGGAAACAGAGAUACAGAGUACAACCUUAGGGUUUUACGAGUGCGUUCUAAGUCAUUGAAGAGUCUUGUAGUUGAUCUAGACGGUGACACGGAUAUGGAUAGUGAGAACACUGGGAAAGGUGUUGUGAUUGAUGCUCCUGGACUUGACUAUUUGAGUCUUGAAGAUUACCAGUCGACAAGUUUCGUGAUAAGCAAGCUAAGUUUCUCUGCUAAGGUAUAUGUUAAUGUCGGUUUUGAUAUGGCCUUUGACACUGCUGUGAUUGAUUCCUCGAAGAGAAGUGUAGUGAGAACAUUCUUUACCAUGCUCUCGAACGUAAGGGACAUGACUCUAAGUGGAACAACUUUGCGUAUCAUCUCUCUAUACUUGAAACACGAACUGCUUCCUCAGUUUCCUCACUUGAUCAGAUUACAUUCGGUCUUCUAUAACUCUGACUUGGGAAAGUUACCAAACAUUCUUCAGAGCUGUCCAAAUCUCAAAUCCCUUGUCUUGGAACCGGAGGAGUUUAAGAUGAACGAACUGCUUGUUCUCUCAUCAUCAUCAGUUCCAGAAUGUUUAAGAUCAUCACUAGAGCACGUUGAGAUAAAAACACUGAUAAGAGGAGCUGUAGCUGAAAUGGAACUAGUAAAAUACUUCCUUGAGAACUCAGCAGUGCUCAAGAAGUUGAAGAUGUGUUUGCGUCGUGGGAGAAUGAAUGAAGAGUCGUUCAUCUUGAUGGAACUCUUGAGAUUAAGGAGAUGCUCUCCUUGUUGUGAAGUUGUUAUUCAACUUGAAGAGUUAAACGAGACUCGUCAAAGUAUGGUGAGAUACUACACCUUUUUGUAACAAGAAUUGGAUUUUACUCUGGCUUAAAAAAUUAGUGGGUGAUUGGUUGUAGCUCCAAAUGCUUUAUAACAGCCGAAAUUAG